CCCAUAUGAAGAUUAAAAUGAAUAUCAUAAUUGAAUGUUAAAACUGAAUCAUAUAUUGUAAAUGGCUUGUUAUGUCUAGUUGAGUUCAUCAAUGCUUAAACAUCAGAUUGAGUAUGUAACAAGUUUUCAAUUUCACAUAUGGCAAGAUACUUUCUACUUAUAGUGUUUCUACUAUAUUUGACUCUUCCUUUCAUUGUUCAUGCUCAGAACAACCAAUCAGGCUUUAUUAGUAUUGAUUGUGGAUUUGUGGAUGAACCAAGCUACAUAGAUGAAACUACUUCCAUAUAUUACACUUGGGAUUUCAACUUCACUGACACUGGUGUAAGCCAAAGCAUAUCAUCAAAACACAAAACUUCCCUUGAAAGACAAUUUUGGAAUGUUAGAAGCUUCCAAGAAGGAACAAGGAACUGUUACACACUUUAUGUUUCACAAGGAAGUAACAAGAAAUAUUUAGUGAGGGCUAGGUUUGUGUAUGGUAAUUAUGAUGGAAAAGACUCUCUUCCUGAGUUUGAUAUUUAUCUUGGAGCCAAAUGGUGGGAAUCUGUGGUGUUUGAUGAUUCAUUCAGUGUAAUAACCAAAGAAAUUAUUUAUGCUUCUUCCUCAGAUUAUGUUCAUGUUUGUUUGUUGAAUACUGGCAAGGGUACACCUUUUAUAUCAGUUUUAGAGGUUAGACUUCUUAACAGUGAUGCCUAUCUUGUUAACUCUCUUGAGCUUUUGGCAAGGUUUGAUGUAGGCUCACAAGGUGAUCAAAUAAUCAGAUAUCCAGAUGAUAUUUAUGACAGAACAUGGACACCAUAUAACUCAAUUGACUGGAAAAAGAUAGAUACUUCACUCACCAUAGAUCAAGGAGCACCUUCAUACAAUUUUUUACCACUACCACCCUCUACUGUCAUGAGAACAACAUCAAUUCCAUCAAAUGCCAAUGACAACAUUGAAUUUUACUUCCUUCCAAAGUAUAAUGCCUCAAGAUAUUAUGUGUACUUGUACUUUGCUGAAAUCAUGAAGCUCAAGGAAAAUCAAAUUAGAGAGUUCAACAUUUUUGUAAAUGGGGAGCUUUUAAAUAGUGUUCCUAUCAAUCCUUUGUACCUGCAGAGUUUGUAUUAUUUAUCACUUAUAAGUGAAAAUAAGUUGGAAAUUUGGUUGAAUAAGACUAGUAGAUCAACACUUCCACCACUCUUCAAUGCCAUUGAGAUAUACAUGACGAAGGACUUCUUACAACCAGAAACAUAUCAAACAGAUGUUGAUGGUAUCCUAAAUGUGAAGUCAAUUUAUGGUAUCAAGAGGAACUGGCAAGGAGAUCCUUGUACUCCAGUGUCUUACUUGUGGGAUGGUUUAAACUGCAGCUAUGUUGGAUCUGAUUCACCGAGGAUUAUAUACUUGAACUUAACUUCCAGUGGUUUAAUUGGAAAUAUAGCUCAUGGCAUAUCCAAUCUAAAGUCAAUAGAAUAUUUGGAUUUGUCAAAUAACAAUUUGACUGGGGCUGUGCCUGAUUUCUUAUUUCAGCUCCAAUUCUUGAGAGUUCUAAACCUGGAAGGAAAUCAGCUAUCAGGAGCAAUUCCAAUACAACUCCUUGUACAUUCAGAAAAUAGUAUGCUCAAAUCUAAUUUUGGUGGAAAUCCAAAUCUUUGCUCCUCAGGUUCAUGCAACAAGAGGAAUGCAAAUAAGAUUGUAGUUCCAUUAGUAUCAUCACUUGGUGGAGCUUUCAUGAUACUAGCAAUAGCAAUGGUUUCUUUUCACGUAUACUAUAAGAGACACCGAGUUUCACAUCAAGUGAGCAAGGUGAGUGGUUAUUCAAGAAUAAAGCAGGAACUAGAGACAAAGAAACAAGAAUUCAGCUAUGAAGAAGUAGUAAGUAUUACAAGAAACUUUGAAAAGGUUUUGGGGAAAGGAGCAUCUGGAACAGUAUACUAUGGAUGGAUUGAUCAUGAUACUGAGGUAGCUGUCAAAGUACUAUCUCCAUCAUCAGCUCAAGGAUAUCUUCAAUUUCAAGCAGAGGCCAAACUUUUUGCUAUAGUUCGUCAUAAAUACUUGACUGGUCUUAUAGGGUAUUGUGAUGAUGGCACCAACAUGGCUCUCAUUUAUGAAUAUAUGGCUAAUGGAGACUUAUCUAAGCAUUUAUCAGAUAAAAAUGAAAAUAUAUUGAGUUGGAAUCAAAGACUUCAAAUUGCAGUAGAUGCUGCUGAAGGAUUGGAGUAUCUGCAUCAUGGAUGCAAUCCACCAAUUGUUCACAGAGAUAUUAAAUCAAAAAACAUCUUAUUGAAUGAAAAAAUGCAGGCAAAACUAGCUGAUUUUGGGUUAUCAAAGAUCUUUCCUAAUGAAGGUGACACUCAUGUCUCCACAGUUGUUGCUGGCACGCCAGGAUACCUCGAUCCCGAGUACAAUAGAUUAGGCAAGUUGAAAGAAAAAAGUGAUGUUUUCAGUUUUGGGGUAGUUUUGCUUGAGAUAAUUACAGGACAACCUGCAAUAACCAAAACUGAAGAAAAAAUUCAUAUUAUUCAAUUGGUUGGUUCAAUGUUGCUUGGAAAAGAGUUAAAAGAUAUUGUGGAUCCCACAUUAGAGGGAGAUUUUGAUAUUUACUCUGCAAAGAAAGUUUUGGAUAUUGCAAUGGCUUGUGUAGCACCAACUUCCAUUAAUAGGCCAACCAUGAGCCAUGUAGUUAUAGAACUAAAACAAUGUUUGCAAAACAUGACUCAUCCCUCUCAAUCUAAUUACAAUCAUGAGAGUCUAGCUAGCAACUUAAGUUGUGUUUCCUUUGAUAGAAUCAGUGGUGAGAGCUCUCUAGAGAGGUAGUAAUUUAAUUAAAUUUCGGAUGAUUAAUGUAUAUAUGUAUUUUUUUUAAUUAUAUAAUUUCUUGAUUUAUUCUAGUUAGGAUGAAAAUUUGUCAAGUGUAUCAAAUUAUAUCUCGAAACAAUAACAUCGAUCUCUAUAGAAA